AUGCCAAGCCGGAAGACUAAGAAAAGAGCUAAUGCCUUAGCUGAGCAAGUCGUGCAACAGGAGCGGACGCAAACUGGGGAAUCAGAGCUGGUGAAGUUCUUCAGAGCUUUCGACGCGGAGUCCAACGAGGUGGAGAAUAAUCCAAAGCCCAUUCCGGAACCGGGAUCGGAGUCGAAUACCACUGCUGCUGCCACUGCUGCUCUCACUGCUGCUACCACUGCUGCACCCAGUCCCGAUCGUGAUCCAGAGUCGUUGCUCAAUUACAACUUCCUCCGCAAGCUUCAUCUGGCGGCCAGCAGUAAGCAGAUCAACUUUAUCAAUUGGUCCGGCGAUGGUCAGCUGCUGCAGUUGAGCUACAUCGGAUUGCAGGAUUAUCUGUUCAGUGACCAGAGCAUCUUUCGCUGUCGCAGCGUAGCCCAGCUUGUCAGCCAGCUGUACGAGGUGGGCUUCCAGGCUGUGGAGCGACAUUCAGAGCCACAGGACAAUUUCCAGAUGUACUUUCAGCACAAGCACUUUAAGCCACAUCAACAGGAGAUGCUCAUUUGCAUAAAUACACCGGAAUGUGAGCUGGAGGUGGAGACGCCAGUCAUUGAUGAGGUUGCCAAAGAUCCUUGCACCAUGAUUCACGGCUCGUGUUCCAGACUGCAGAUGACCCGUAUGCGUUUCAAUACGCUGUUAAACUACCAGAACGAUGUGCGACAACUGCAGCAGCAGGAACAUAAGACGGAGGAGCAACUGCCACGACGUGGACGCAUCGGCAGCAAUCGACAGUUGGCGGAGUCAUUGCUACCGCCAGCACUGGAAGCGAUAUAUCUGAAUCCCCAGGAUUCGGAGUCAAACAUUGAGGUUGAUCAUGUGCCCGACUAUGCUGGAUACUAUGGCAAUGUGAAUCCAUCGCUGAUCCAUGGGUUCUUUGGCGAAUAUUUGCCACACUAUGGCCCAAGGAACACUGCUGGCCACAGCGACAUUGUUGUCGAGGUCAGCAAGGCGAAUGCCUUCCAACAGAAUCUGCCCAUUGGCAUCCUACACUCGGAGGAUGAGGAUGAUCCCGUAGCCAAGCACGAGGAGACUAACACGACUAACAACGACGACAAUUCUCAGCUGCCAGCGGACAAUAGCAAUCCAUUGCCCGAGGACAUUGAGCUGGAGCAAAUGAUGGACGAUCUUUGGGGCAGUGGAGCCGAUAGCCAGCCGAAGGUCAAGCGAGGGAAAUUGGUUGAAAACUGUGCAGAGAACAAAACAGUUCCAGAUGAUUUGAAGGCCGACACAGCCAACGAGACUGAAUCUGGCGAGGAUCUGCUGCAGUCAGCUGCCGCUGCUGUCGAUGUCAAGGACGAUUCAGGGAUCAAUACAAAUGCCAAUGGAGACAUUGACAAUGAUAGCAAAGAGGAUCUCGAGAGUCAACCCGAACUAAAGAUUGCCUCCAAGCGACGUCGCUACGAUCUGCGCCACUCCAAACCAAAGCGCUCGAAUUAAAGCUAAAAAGAGUUUAUCCAAAAGAUUGUUUGAAUCUUUUCAUAUGCAUAUAUGAAAAGAUGUUUGUUUCAAGUAAUCCAAGGAUAAAGAAUAAAAAUUAAUAAU